AUGGAAGCUGUUUUACAAACAAAAGGGCUUCUUUCUUUGCCUUCAAAACCCAAAACCAAGGCUUUUUAUCCAUUACCUCAUGGGGGUUUAAGGCAUAGAUUCAAUUCUGGCCAUUCUUUGAAUACUCUAAAACCUAAGCCCUUAAAUGGGUUAUCUCUAUCUUCAAAUGGGUUCCAAAAAUUUCAAUGCUUUACUACAAAGCCUCAGCUUUUUGGCCAAAAGGACAGAUUUUCCCCAAUUUGCAAAGCUGAGGCUGCAGCUGCAGCUGAUGGCCAGCCACUUUUUGCAGAAAAAGAGCCACCUAAGUUCAUGGGAAUUGAACUUGUGACCCUUAAGAAAAUUAUACCACUUGGGGCAAUGUUCUUUUGUAUUCUCUUUAAUUACACAAUCCUUAGGGACACAAAAGAUGUAUUGGUUGUAACAGCCAAAGGGUCUAGUGCUGAAAUUAUUCCAUUCUUGAAAACUUGGGUAAAUUUGCCUAUGGCUAUAGGGUUCAUGCUGUUGUACACAAAGUUGGCCAAUGUGUUGUCAAAAGAGGCUCUUUUUUACACUGUUAUACUUCCGUUUAUUGCAUUCUUUGGGGCAUUUGGGUUUGUUUUGUAUCCUCUUAGCAAUUACUUUCACCCUACAGCUUUUGCUGAUAAACUUCUCAACUCUUUGGGUCCAAGAUUUCUUGGGCCAAUUGCUAUACUGAGGAUCUGGAGUUUCUGCUUGUUUUAUGUCAUGGCUGAGCUUUGGGGAAGUGUGGUGGUUUCAGUUCUCUUUUGGGGAUUUGCUAAUCAGAUUACGACUGUUGACGAGGCUAAGAGAUUCUAUCCUUUAUUUGGACUUGGUGCAAAUGUUGCUCUGAUUUUCUCAGGUCGCACAGUGAAGUACUUUUCUAGCCUGAGAAGCUCUUUGGGUCCUGGAGUUGAUGGUUGGGCCAUCUCUCUGAAAGCGAUGAUGAGUAUUGUAGUGAUGAUGGGUGGGGCAAUCUGUUUCUUUUAUUGGUGGGUGAAUAGAAAUGUUCCUCUCCCCACUCGAAGCAAGAAGAAGAAGGUAAAACCUAACAUGACCACAAUGGAGAGCUUGAAGUUCUUGGUUUCUUCAAAAUAUAUCAGGAAUCUUGCCACAUUGGUUGUAGCAUAUGGUAUUAGUAUCAACCUUGUUGAAGUUACAUGGAAGUCAAAGCUCAAAGCUCAGUUCCCAAGCCCCAAUGAAUACUCGUCGUUCAUGGGUGACUUCUCAACUGCUACUGGAAUAGCAACUUUUGUAAUGAUGUUGUUAAGCCAGUGGAUCUUUGAUAAGUAUGGAUGGGGAGCAGCAGCCAAGAUAACUCCUACAGUAUUGCUCCUUACCGGAAUUGGCUUCUUCUCCCUGAUUUUGUUUGGUGCCCCUCUAGCACCAGCUCUUGCAAAGUUCGGGAUGACUCCUCUUCUAGCAGCUGUCUAUGUGGGUGCAAUGCAGAACAUUUUCAGUAAGAGUGCGAAGUACAGUUUGUUUGAUCCUUGCAAAGAGAUGGCCUACAUUCCUUUGGACGAGGACACUAAGGUUAAAGGGAAAGCAGCAAUUGAUGUUGUCUGCAAUCCGCUGGGAAAGUCUGGAGGAGCUUUGAUACAACAGUUCAUGAUUUUGACUUUCGGUUCACUUGCCAGCUCGACUCCUUACCUUGGAGGUGUGCUCCUAGUAAUUGUUCUGGCAUGGUUGGGAGCAGCCAAAUCUUUAGAUGGCCAGUUCACUACAUUGCGUCGAGAAGAAGAGCUUGAGAAGGAAAUGGAGAGAGCAUCUUUGAAGAUCCCCGUCGUGUCUCAAAAUGACAAUGGAAGUGGUUCUCUCUCAAGUGGAUCAUCACUGAACCCCGCUGGAGGUGAUUCAACCGGCGCUUCAUCGGAACCCUCCUCCCCAAGGAGCCUGUAAUGUCAUUGGUCGAUCACUUACAGAACUGGAGGAAUAAAAAGCGAAACAGAAGAUGCAUCCGGUGGUAUCUUGGUUGCAGUCCAACUAUGAAUUAAUGUUGUCAAAUCUUUGUUGUUGGUUAUAGGAAUUCAUUUUUACCCGAGAGCAAUAAAUUAGAUACAAGAGAGGCAUGUCGCCAGAUUAACCAACCUGCCAUCCCACAUUUAUUUUCUGAUAGUUACACUUUUUCUCAGUUUUGUAGCUUGAGUUCAUUGGUUUUUAUGAAAUGCUGGUUGUUGAACCUCUUUUUGGCAAUAUAAGCAUGUUUUGUUUCUCCAAAAA